AGCGUUGGAUGCCGCAAAACUCGUGGACCACGGUGCUGGGUGGAUCCUGCCUCCAACCCUUUCGGAGAUCUCCACAACAAGCUCAGUCAUUGAUUUCGCGUUGAUCAAACGGGAGAAAUUCAUUAGGUAACUGGCGCGGCGUCAUGAUGCUGGGCAUGAACAUCACCGACUUCACGUGUGAUUUCGGGUUAGCGCAGACUUCAGCAGGCUGCGUGCGCACACUCGCGUCGUUCGAUGGGAGCAGAUACUUUACCUUGCAAGUCAUUUACUGCGUCGUAGGCGUCUUGACCGAACUCGCCAGCGCUGUCAUGUAUUGGAGAGCAGUCAAGUACGACGGCUCACCGCUGCAACAAUACUCCUUCAUGCUGUGCAGCUACGCUUCACUCACCCUGAUAAUCCGUGGUGCCGAUCCAACCAGUUACGGGCACAUUAUCCCCCGUCCGGUCGGGGCAUUCCUCACCGAUUCGUGCACGGCUGCCUUGUACUCUGUGUACAUCCUUGCACUUGGCUACUGGGCUCUUGUCAUCCGACAGGGAGCGGCAAUGAUAGGAAGUCCGACACAUUUGAAGUGUAUGGAAGCCGCAGCGAUCACAAUCGUGUGGACAUUUUAUAUUGCCUAUAAUAUGUCCCUCUUCGCCUUUAAAGGUUUCCAGCCAGCAGUGCUGAACUUCGUGCAGUUAUCUGUCAGUGCACUCGUACUUGCCGUCGUCGCACUCUCGUUCCUAUUCUAUGGGCUACGCGUAUUGUCACGCCUGCGGGCCUACGAGCAGGAGAUGAAGCUGAGGAUGUCGACGAUGGUGUGUGAGCGGAUGGCACCGAAUCAGUCGUUCAGUCUAAUGCUAAGCGAUGACGAAGAAGGCGUUCCAGUGGUAACGGAGCCCCGCUACGCGAGACGUGGGCCGAACGAAGGUCACUCGGUCAAGAUCAAGAAGAUCCUUGUCGUUGCGGAGGCGAUUUCGAUUGUCGUCAUUGCUGGCCAGCUCUACAUGGCCAUCACGAAUGUGACCAACUCGCCGGUGGAGCUUUCCUGUGCCAACGGAGCGGGGUGCAGCACAAUCUCAGCCAAGUGGAGUUUACUGCACACGCUGCAGGUAAUAUGCGUGUGGAUCAUCUUGUGGGUCUUCCGCGACAUCCAGAAGAAACCUGUCAUACCGCGGCCGCGAGGGUCCGUCGUAGUUUAGUAAAUCGGAGCUGUGGAUGCUAUAUAUGCAGUGACAAAGCCUUUUGGAUAUUUUAUUGAUCACUCCUGUUGCUUGC